AAUAGAACUGCAACAUUAAUAACUUAAAAAAUAAAAUUACCCACUAUUUACAUAAAAACAUGUGGUCACCCAUAUUUCUAUUAGAGAGCAGAGAGCAACGGGAGAUAUUUGCCUGUCUUCCCAGCCCAGCCCAGCAUGGGUGACGGUAGCGCGAGCGGCAAUAGAGGCCAUAACAACAACAACCACAGCCACGGCCACAACCACGGCGGUGGUCAUGGUAACAAGCCGGAGUGGCUGCAACAGUACGAUCUGAUAGGGAAGAUCGGGGAAGGCACCUACGGCCUGGUGUUUCUUGCAAGGACCAAGUCUCCUCCUUCCAACCGCGGAAAAUCCAUCGCCAUCAAGAAAUUCAAGCAGUCCAAGGACGGUGAUGGCGUCUCCCCCACCGCCAUCCGUGAAAUCAUGUUGCUGCGGGAAAUAUCGCACGAGAAUGUGGUGAAGCUCGUGAAUGUUCAUAUCAACCACACAGACAUGUCCCUCUACCUGGCUUUCGAUUACGCAGAACAUGACCUUUAUGAAAUCAUUAGACAUCAUAGAGACAAAGUUAAUCACGCAAUCAAUUAUUACACUAUUAAGACAUUGCUCUGGCAGCUGCUUAAUGGACUCAAUUAUCUCCAUAGUAACUGGAUCAUUCAUCGUGAUUUAAAGCCAUCUAAUAUCUUGGUUAUGGGCGACGGAGAGGAGCAAGGAAUUGUGAAAAUUGCGGAUUUUGGACUUGCAAGGAUAUAUCAGGCUCCCUUAAAGUCGUUGUCUGAAAAUGGGGUUGUGGUAACCAUUUGGUACCGUGCACCGGAAUUGCUCCUUGGGGCUAAGCACUAUACAAGUGCUGUUGAUAUGUGGGCUGUUGGAUGCAUCUUUGCUGAGCUUUUGACUUUGAAGCCGUUAUUUCAAGGCGCAGAAGUCAAAGCCACACCAAACCCGUUUCAGCAUUCAGUUGUGCAGCUUGAUCAACUUGACAAGAUAUUCAAGGUCUUGGGUCAUCCUACACUAGAAAAGUGGCCAGCACUUGCGAACCUUCCACAAUGGCAACAAGAUAUACAACAUAUUCAAGACCAUAAAUAUGAUAAUACUGCAUUGUAUAGUGUAGUUAACCUCUCGCCAAAAAGUCCUGCAUAUGACCUCCUAUCUAAGAUGCUUGAAUAUGAUCCUCGAAAGCGUAUAACAGCUGCACAAGCAUUAGAGCAUGAGUAUUUUCGUAUUGAACCUCUACCAGGACGCAAUGCUUUGGUACCUACCCAAGGAGAGAAAGUAGUGAAUUAUCCUACUCGUCCAGUAGACACAACCACAAAUUUUGAAGGGACAACUAGCAUUCAACCUUCACAAUCGGUAUUGUCUGGAAAUGCAGUAUCUGGAAACUUGUCAGCUGCUCAUGGAGGGAUGAACAGAUCUGUGCCGAGGCCGAUGCUUAACAUGCAAAGAAUGCAGCCACAAGGCAUGACUGCUUAUAAUCUUGCAUCUCAGGCAGGGAUGGGUGGUGCAAUGAAUCCUACCAGCAUGCCAAUGCAGCGUGGUGUAGCACAGGCCCAUCACCAACAGCAGUUGAGAAGGAAAGAUAAUGGAAUGGGGGUGACGGGAUACCCUCCACAGCAGAAAUCCAGACGUUUCUGAGGAAUAUUGCAUCUUUUGUACUUUAGUUGCCAUGAGUGAUCUGAAAUUCAUGAAGGUUAGCUUUUUUAUUGAUGCUUUGCUUGAUGGGAAGGUGAACACAUUGGACUUUUCCUACUGAUCUUACAGACUAGGGGUUGAAAUCUAGAAAUCUCAUCUUCAAAUGCCUGUCCCCAGAAUCACCAGUUUUCCUAAAUAUUUCAUAAUCCUGUAAAUUAAAAGGGGGAAAACAAUCUAUCAACCAUAACCAAUAAUCUUGUCACUAUUUUCUUUAUUUAUUGGACUGCAUUUUUUUCUCA